AUGGCUACCACCAACAGCGCUAGCAUGAGUUUGAAGCUUCUGAUUGACACAACAAGCCACAAAGUUCUGUUUGCUGAAGCAAGCAAGGAAGUUGUUGAUUUCCUUUUCAGUUUUCUGUCUUUUCAUGUUGCAACUGUUACUAGGCUCCUCUCAACUGAUGGUAUGGUUUGGUUGCUUAGGCAACCUUUACCAGAGUGCCGAAAGUCUUAG